AAACAACUGAUAGGUUGUGGUGUAUUGAUGAAUUAUAAAACCAAACUUACUAAACCGUUGCGACUUAGGACUACAAUCUGAUAUUGAUGGUAAGACAUUAUAAUGGAAAAUAAUUCUACGAUAGACUGUUUGUCAAAUUGUGAAUGCUGCGGAACAUGUGGCUGCUGGACAAAUCUGCUAAUUAACGUAUUAACGAGCGUGGUUGUCGCUGCCUUUGUUGGAGCCAUUAUAUCAUGGAGAGUUACGAAGAAGUUGAACAAUAAUCAAACGACAAAUAGUGACAAUUAUCUUCUUAGUGUCAAAGAUGUUUCGGAGAGAAUACCUAUUUAUAUGAUGGAGCAUAGUCCGUUUCGAGAAAAGGAUAGUCAUAGUAUAACGAAUUUCCUAGAAGAAAGGAAAAUAUCACCAACACCUCUUAUAAAUCAGGAAGACGCACACGUUAAAAGUCAACCCAUAUUAUGCGCAAGAUAUGCUUCAGGUCGUUUGGAAGCAGAUAUUUGUGGAAUCUGUGGAGUAUUUUGUGAUGAAGACUUGCGAAGAACAGUUGUUUUGGUGCUUCAGACAUACCCAAGAGAACAUGGGCAUAUUAUAGAUCCAGUAAUUGUGAAUUAUCGAGACAAUCAAAGUAUAAACUUUAAAAAUGUGUAUGGUAUUUUUUAUGUCAAUGCUACCUGCAUUGCGUUUAACCCUUGCGUAGAAUGCAGUGUCGCGCUGGAUAAACUCAUUGAUAUGAUAAAACUAAAACAUAAUUACCAACUGUGAAUUUUCUGAAUAAUAGGUUUAGAGAGCUGUUUCAAUGAAAUAUUUCAGUUUUGUAAGGGCGGGCAGUUAACCUAACCUGUGUUCCUGGAUUAUGUACCAGAACAAACCUGUUCUCCGCAAGUAACUUCCAACUGCCCUACUUAAAUCAGAAGUGGAGGACAAAUGAUUUCAGACACAAUGCCUUUGAUCAAAUCGUCACGGAGAACAUACGCCUCGCCCGAGGAUUGAAUUCACGACCCCGCGAUCCGUAGAUCUGCGCUCUCCCUGGCGGUCUCGGAAGUAUUAGUAUUUGUUGUUUAAAAUAGUUUGAAUCUGAAUAUUAAGAACCAAGUUCAUUUUGGACGAUAAUAAGAUGUUCGAAAAACUAGUCUUGUAAAUAAAAUAAUAGUUAUGAUAAA